AUGCUACCACCGCGACUGUACUUUUUCGUCGUUCUAGUUCACGGAUCCCUCACUGCGAAUGAAGAUUUCGCAUCUCCCGGUGGCCCAAAAGGGGAAUGGCCGAAAUCAAAUGAUCCUAUCGGUAACGAGGCACCGAUGAACGGUACCAUAUUGGCUGAAUAUUUUGUGGAAUAUCAUAACUGGAACAGUACCGUAAACACAAGCAUAACUAUGAAAUGGAUUGACAGUAUGGUUAAGGUUAUGUUUGUCGUUAAACCGUCACCGGAUUAUCCGCUCUACGUUCUCGUCAACAAUCGAAUGUAA